AUGGCAGAAGACAGAGUAUCCGUCUCUACCCUUGCCCUCCUAACCGAACAGGAUCCGCAGCAACUCCAGCUUCGUGCUAAGAGCCUUCGCUGCUUGGAAUUUGCUGCCGACGAUUCUACGCAUCAUGGUGCUUUCAGAGACAUCAAGUUUCCGACGCUGGAGCGUCUUGUACUCGACGCAUCAGACCAGAACGAGGAGCAUUUGUUGAAACCCUAUCUCCAAUCUGCUCUUAAGGAAUUCAUCUUCUUCGGAGGACCGAUUUCUGAUCGGUUUCUGGAGACACUUCAGGCAUGCAUAUCUCUCCGCGGCGCAUUCAAACUCAUCGAGACGGGGGAGCUUAUCCGCUAA